GAACACCUUUCUCUUUGUAUUUUCAUGGACAGAAAAGAAGUACACAAAAAUAUGGGAUUAUUAAAGAGAUCGCAGGCUUCCCUUUGUUAUUGGUGGAGUUACUGUGAUACUGUAUUAGAGGGCUUUUAUGACACUCUUAUCCCAAAUAAAAGUGCCCUCAUCAUUUGCAGAGCCAUAUCGCUUUUACUUACUUAUAUAACUGCUAUACUUGGUCUUUACAAACAUCUCAAUUUUGACGAUGAAUCGACUGAAGAUUUUCUCGCUAUUGUUGCACACAUGUUUACUAAAAAGCUCGGCAGUUUAUACUUGGCCGCUUUCGACUUGUUUGAUAUCUUUAAUGAAUCAAUAUGGCUUCCUAUUUAUCAUACUAUAGACAAUGCUAUUGAAACAUGUCUUGGGUACUGGUUCCCUCACAAAAAUAUCGUAUGCUACCAACAUACCUCUAUGCCUGAUCAGUCUGAUUUUUUUCUUGAUAAGUUAGCCAGGCUGUUACAUCUGAAAGCGGAAAGCAAAAGAAUAGAAGAGAUCAGAUGCAUCGAUAUUGGCUCUACCAACCAAAAAGACUAUUCCAGUACUCUAUGUCUUUUUGUAGUCUUGUAUCUUUUCGCUGUCAUUUUUUUGCGUUUCAAGAUCAAUCAACUUUCAAAGGCUUUAGAUAAAUAUAAUGAUACAUUGAAAAAUAAGCAAGUUAAAAAUAUAAAUGUGCCGCAAGAAAAUAAAUCGCUUUUAAGGCGUAAACCUCCCAAAAGGCGAUCUAAAGAGGUUGUUCCUCCUCAAAACGAAACUUUUCUACAAAAAGAAGCAGUCCAACAAGAAGCCGCCCAACAAGAAGACACCCAACAAGAAGCCACUCUACAGGAAGAAAUUUCCUCACUACAAGAAGCUAGUCAGGCGAAAGAACGUAUACAGCCAAAAGAGACUAUUAUGUUGCAUAAAGACAAUAUCGAGUCCAAGGAAGACCUUCCAAAUGAAAAGAUCCCUUUAUCUGAGCAAAAUAAUCAGUUGGAAACAGAUGAUAGAAAGGAAGAAGGUCCUUUAUCUGAAGAGAGUAACGAUACUAAACAGGAGGAAAAUGCUCUACUUGGCAAAAGUAUGGAUGUUCAACGUCCAGAAGAUGAUUUACGCAUAGAAAAUACAGGUUCUCAAAGUAAUGAUAUAUCACCUGAAGAAAGUGUUGAUACAAAAAUAGAGGAAAAUACUGCAACAGAAGAAAUUACCCAUGGCGUUUCACAAAAGGACGAUGCUUUAGCGGAAAAUGUUGUGAACGCCCCACACGAGGAAGCUACUGAGCGUAAUAAAGAUGGUGAUCGUAUAUAUAAAUCGAUUAUGAUGACUGAUAAACAAGACACCGAAUAUUGUAUCAAAGUUCGCGACAAGUAUAAAAUGUAUCUACCAACAGAAAAGAACAAAAUACUAAAAACUGAACAUCACAAGGAUGCCAAGGGCGACAACCGAGCUGGUCCUUCACGACAUCUUCCGCAAAAAUGUAACGAUUUACAUGAGCUUUUUAUUAAACAACUGCCAGGAAAAAAAGGCAAUACCACUAUCCUAUCGAAAAAACCGUUUGGAAGCCCUACUACGACGAGACAGGAACUAAAAGAGAAAGAGCCUGAUCAAGCGGGUCCUUCGCAAAGCCGGUUACCAGAACUUACUAGGUUGCAGGAGUUUGUUAAAGAUCAAAUGGCCCAAACUAACCUUUUCAACAUUCAACCAUUUGGGGAGACAUGGCGUCAGGAGAGAGCUAUUAAAGAAAUCCUUAGCAGUGCUCUAGCGAGUAAACAAAUGCAAGGAUUUGUCGACACUGAAAUAAUGUUGCAACCUGAAGAGACACCAGAAAGCAAAAAGUAAGAUCAGCAAUUGUCAGUUCAAUAAAAUAUUAGCUUAGCAAAACAU